GCGGUCGCAUCUCAAGAAGAGAGCAGUGCCGAUCCGGACGCCGAAAAACAGUGUGUGGGUGGACGGGACGACGAUGGCGUCGAACAACGCCACAUUCCACCUCUUCGACGCCUUCUACCACUGGCUGGGACAAGUGUUGGCCGCCGAAAAACACUUCCUCGACCACUUCGCCGGCUGCCACACUGACGAGCAACGCGUCGCCAGUGUCCACGCCGUGCUCGACGCUGACCAAAUCCAACUCGAGCCCCGCAAGGGAGGACAUAAGGAUGAGAAAGUGGCUGAAAAGUACCUGGAUGGCGCCGUCACCGUCCAGCACACUCUGCUCGGACCAGACUUUGACCCUGAAACUGAAAAUGAAGGGACUUUGGAAAACGUGUGCAAAGCUCUCCGAUUGUACGGCGAGGCGAUUAGCUACGGACCUGUCGGCAGUUCGGUUGUCCAGCGGGCUCACUUAGGUCGAGCAGGUUUGCUGUCCAAACUGGGACAGUACGCGGACGCGCUGAUAGACUGUUCCAGGGUGAAGGUUUCACCGUCAGAUGUAAAUCUCAGAUGUGAGCUUGCUGUAGUACAAUCUGCAUGUCUGGCCAAAGAGGACCGAAAGGAGGCGGAAGCGUUAAUCAAAUCGGCGCUCGGUGCGCUCAGCAAGUCGGAUUUGGAGAAGGAAGAAAAGGCGCGUCUGACGGUGCGCCUCGUUUCUCAAAUGAAAGAACUGACCAAGUGCGAAAACAGACAGCCGAGGUGUAGAUCCAUCACGGCAGAAGAAUGUCCGGCACUCUUUCAAGGGCCCCACCCGAGCAUUCCAAACGCCUCGGCUGCCAUUGAUCUGCAGUUCACAGAAGAAAAGGGCAGAUACUUUGUAGCCAACACAACCAUUGACGCCGGUAGUGUUGUGAUAGUCGACGAGCCGUACGCGUGGAUGUUAUCGCCGAUGGCUUGGCACGACCACUGCACCCACUGCUGCAAACCAGUGAUGGCCCCCAUUCCCUGUCCGACUUGUACGCAGGUGGUGUUUUGCAGCACAGACUGCAUGGCCGAGGCGUUAAGUUCGUACCACGGGUACGAGUGCUGUUUUCUGCACCACUUUGCCACCUCGCACGAGCUGAGCUCAAUGGCCCUGCUGGUGAUGCGAGUAGUGGUGCGGGCGCGCGAUCACCUGCUAGACCCUCUCGCCGACCCCUGUUUUGCGCCGGUGCACCAACAGGUGAGCAACAGCGGUGCAAGACCUGUCGGCGACCUGGUCAAGCGCACGGCGACGGCUCUCUUUCUGGCCCAGGGUCUCAGGGACGGCGGCCUCGUGGCCGACAACCGACUCGUCGAGGCGGCCCUCCUCAGGCAUCUGCAGAGCUGCUCAUGCAACGCCUACGAAAUUUCUGAAUACGUCGACUCUGCAGUAAAGACGUCCGCAAGUCAGGUGGUGGCGAUCGGAGGUGCCGUGUACCCAACCAUCAGCCUGGCAAAUCACGGAUGCUGGGCGAAUGUGUGUCGCUCGUCGCACGGCCGGCGGUGCGUGGUGCGUGCGACGAGGCGCAUCGAGGCCGGUGAGGAGUUGCUCGACAACUACGGCUACUCGUUCCUCGGCGUGUCCAGAGGCGAACGGCGGCACGCCCUGAAAAAGCAGUACUUCUUUGAGUGCGGCUGUCUGCCGUGCUCCGAGGACUGGCCGCUCUUCCCUGAACUCAAGCCUGAGAGCAAGUUUCGGUGCCGCAAGUGCGGAAAACUGGGGCUGAAGUCGGCGUGUAAAGUUUGCGAAUCCAAGGGUGCGGCCAAGGCGGCCGAGAGGAAAAUGCGACUGAUCAACGACAGGUGUCAAAUGGCCCUGGCAAGAGUCGACUCGGCCAGUUUUGAUGACAACGUGGAGUCAUGGCUGAUCGACUUCAUCCACGAAAUGCAGACUAAAGUGAUCCACCCGAACAAAGAACUGAUACUGGCUCAGCAAGCGUUGGUCAAAAUCUGGGGUUGGAAAGCCAACCGUAAUCGGCUGCUGCUUCUGAACGACUAAUCCUGAAUUGUGCAUUUUUAAAAUAAAAGAAGUUUAUGUCUCAAUUCUUUUACAA